CUAUAUAGGGGAGGGCGACAGCCCAGAGCCCUGACCCGACCCAGCAUGCGCGGAGCAGUGGCUGCCCUGUCCCUGGCCUGGGCGCUGGCCCUGGGGCUCACCCACUCCCUCCCUGGCAAACCGGGGGAGGCCGGAGCGCGGUUCCACCAUGGGGCUGAGACCCAUCUCAACGACACAGAGGUGGCGAGCCGGUGUGCGGACGAAGGGGGCUUUGAUGCCGUCACACUGGACGAGCAUGGCGUGAUGCUCUUCUUCAGAGGUGCCCACGUCUGGAAGGGCUUCCACGGCCCGGCCCAGCUCAUCAAUGCCAGCUGGCCUGAGAUCCAGGGCCCUGUGGACGCUGCACUGCGCAUCCACCACAAGGAGUCCCCCAGCGUGCACGACAACGUCUACCUCUUCCAGGGCGAGCAGGUCUGGGCGUAUGCGGGGGGCCGGCUGCGGCCCGGCUACCCCCGGCUCAUCGGAGAGGAAUUCAAGGGGGUGCCUGGGGACCUGGACAGCGCCGUGGAGUGUCACCCCGAGGACUGCACGGCCGAGAGCCUUCUCUUCUUCAAGGGUAUGGGGCCGGGCUGGGGGGCAGGCGGGGCCGGGCUGGGAGCGGGCAGCUCUCCCCCGCCGGCGGGUGCAGGGCACGGGCACGAGGCGCGCAGAAACGCCACCGCCAUGGGCAUCCGGGACCCCUGCAGCGGCCUUGCCUUCCAGGCCUUCACCGCCGACGACGCCAACCGCACCUACGCCUUCCGGGGGGGGCAGUACUUCCGCCUGGACUCCAAGCGGGACGGCUGGCACUCGUGGCCGCUCAACCACACGUGGCAGGAGCUGAGCGGGCAGGUGGACAGCGCCUUCAACUGGGACAAGAAGCUCUACCUGAUCCAGGGCUCCCAGGUCUACAUCUACCGGGUGGGCCCAGGCUACACGCUGGUGCAGGGCUACCCCCGCGACUUGCAGGAGGAGCUGGGCAUCACGGGCGCUGACGCCACCUUCACCUGCCCCCACUCAGCUGAGCUCUUCGUCAUCCACGGUGCGAGCUGGGCACGACCUGGCCAGAAGGGCAGCGAGGUCUAGUGGUCAGAGCCAG